AUGCACAGGAGACAGUAUUACUCCCAAAUAACCGGCUAUAUUUUGACACCUUUCAUUCUCCUACCCAUACGCUGUCAGACUCGCAGUUCUUCUGCGCACGCCUCACCAGCCCAAACUGGACAAUCAGGCUGUGUACCUGGCCCCGGCACGCCGCGGCCCCCAUCAUCCUCGGGCAUCGGCUCCAGUCUUCAUGGCCAUGCCCCCGGAGCUACGGCCACUGAACUUUCGGCUUCGCUCACAGGCGUUGGAGAAGCUGAUUGGAAGACACAUUUAGAAUUAGUGGAUCUUGGAGCCUAUUAA